CCGUCACCGCAGCCUUAGAUUGUCAAUUAACAAAUCUUUCACAAUAAAUCGGAAGUUUCGUCAACGAAACUGAAAAUUUUCGGGUGCGUGCCAUCCACCGUUGUUCUCGUGUUUCGCUGCCUUUUACGCUCGCCAAUUAUUUCUUGUGAAUAGAGUAGCUUGGUAGGUUAGCAGUGACAAUGAAGACGAUAGUUGCCAAAAUCCUGAUCGUCGUGUCUUUAACUGGAACACAGGUGCUAGGAUAUCCUCCGCAAGAAAGGCUCACACCAGAUGGAGCGGCAGUUGCUACGGACACCGUUGUACACGAGGAUUCCGUGGCGUCCGCCUCCGAAGUGGGGGAGGAAUACGAGGACGGCGACGAUUCGGACAUGUACAUGGAAGCGGAGAGCGGCGAAACCGAUCGGAUCGAUAAAGGGAGGGAAAGGGAGGAGCGACGCGAAAGUUACGCGAACACGACUGACCGUGGCCCGAGCGUGCACGAGGAAAGCAGCGGGGAGGUGGAAGGGGGGGAAAGCGAGGCGUCCAAGUGGAAGAAGGACGAUCAGGAAGCGGAAAAUACGAAGGAAAGCGAUCGGGCCGAGGCGCCCGAUUCCGAAGAGAAAAGCUUGGAAACGGAGAGUCAGAACUUCUUCCCCUCGUUCGCCGACCUGUUCGCCAAUCACAGAAGUUCGUUCGCCGAGCAACAAAGGUACAGGCCUCAGAACAGAUUCCUGGGAUACCUGCAACGCGAUCGCAACGGUUAUCAAACGGCGUCGGGGGUAACUGGGGGGAAAGACGUUCAUCAUCCCCUUCUGGGAUCGGGCAACUUCGGCGUGAUCCGAGGCGGCACCUAUUAUCCCGAGGAGAAGGAGAACGACGAAUAUUCGGUGGACGAUACUCUGUACAAUCCUUACUAUCACGGGGGGAACCGUGGCCGCGCAAAUUAUUUCAGGAAUCCUAAACCGCAACCGAUUCGCGGUGGCGAUUUCUUCGCGAAUUUCCGAGAUUUCGCCGACAUCACGGCCCCCCCCAAGUCCAGUUUCUCUCACUUAUCCGUCGUUUACGCGAAUAAAAACGCGACCGGGACGCGUCUCGGUCAGGAGCCGAGAAAUAUCAUCGAAACUCUGAGGAUGCUGGAAGAGGAAGGGCAAACGAGCUCCGAGGUGGCGGUCGGCACGGAAUUACCGAGGAAGAAACAGAGCAAAGGGAAGAGGAAGUUGAUGAAAAUGAAGCAGUACGAAGAGGACAAGGCGAGGAGAUCCUCCCGCAUCACCGUCGAGCCUUUGUUGGCGCUUAGUUGAACGUCACGUUUCGGAAUUGAAAUUGUAAGGUAGUGCGGACGCGAACCACGGGAUCUUUCUCCAAAAAAAGAAAAGAAAAAAAAAACGCGAAAUCUGGCCACGAGAUUAGAACCAAAGUGUGAAAAAUAUUGUCAUUUACUCUAUUGUUUAUUGGAGGAGGAUUUUGUGCGGAGAAGAAUGCGAAGAAACGAUCGAUCAAAGGGGACAAGUCGCGUGAAUUUUUUUUUUUUUUUUUCCCCCCAUUAAUUUUCCAAUAAUUCGAUGCGUCGAGAUUUUGUAUUUAAUAGGAAGAAGUGUUUCGUGUAAUUAGAAAUUUUAUAUCAACGCGUUCCGUUGAACGUACUUUUGAAUUAUUGGAAUUAACGUAACCGCCUUGACGUGCUUUCCAAUUUUCGUGGCAAGACUGUACAGAUUGCGUGUAAACCGAGUAUUUUUCUCCAAUUAUUUAAAUCGUUCGCUACGAAGGAUAAACUUGUGUAUCGUUUCGCUUUCGUAAUUCUACGUUUCAGACGUUCCUCUGAGAAAGAAAGAAAGAAAGAGAGAAAGAAAGAAAGAAAAUUAAAAGCGUCAAAAUAUAGGUUGCCAUCGAAAUCGAACCGUUGAAAUGAUACAAUCGGAGCUAGACUGAAAUUACUUUGAAAAUUUCGAAUCGAAGAAGUAUCGAACAGCACUCUGUUCGAUCGGACGAGAUAUCCGAAUUGGAAGAAGCAGAGAACUAUCGGAAAUGAUACGUGUCCGACUCUAACUCGUAUCCAAGGAUAGUCAAAAGUAUCUAUGAAAUAGUGUUUUUAUCGAUCGAUUAAUCUCGCAAUUUUUGCGUGGAAAUAAUUAAUCAUUCAUUGUCGAACGAGAGAAGAUCAAACUCGUUUAUGGCCAAUUCACGGACACGUUUCAAAUCGAUCGAAUGCAUUUUCGCGUGCUGCACCUUCGUUAUGCUCGAGUAAACUUCAGUCAGGUACGAGUGUAACGAGUGUACGGGCGCGAAUAACGGGUUAAUCUCUCCGUUCACAGGCUGCGCGCACGCGCUUGACACGCGCGUUUCCCUUACGUGUAUUUGUAACGAGUGUGAAAACACCACGAGUGUAUUUAAUAGAAAAAAGAAAAAGGAAGAAAACAGAAAAUUCGCGAAAACGGAAGGAGAUACAUUUGCGUUUGUCACGGCCUUUUGUAAAUAAAUUUCCACUGCUCUGCCUCGCGUUUUCUUUAGUGUUUUAGCUAAAGCGGAACCGGACCAACAUUUGCGUCUUCAUUCGAACAUGAACAUGCGCGUGUGUAUUCGUUCGCGGACCGUAUUUCUGCGUUUAACUAUGAAUGUAGUUGUAAACUACGUUAAGGUAAUCUAUCGUAAGAUAAGUAUAUCUCAUAUCGUCUGUUUCUUUUCUACGUUGCAGACUGUCUCGCUGCAUUUAUUAAAUUCACAAAGACUGUUCAUCUAUUAAUUAUUAUUAUUAUUAUUAUUAUUAUUAUUAUUAUUAUCGGCUUGGCGUAGAAUUUCUGUUUCAUCUCUUGUCAUUAAUUAAAUUAAACUAAUAUCUUCCCACAAAAGUAUCGAAUUUUUUGUUGUUCAGAUUUUCAGACACGUAUUUGCGAUUUUUCUUCUCACAUCACGAUCCUUUGAUAUUUCUCUUUAUGUUCGUGUGUCGAGUUAUGCGUUCCAAAUCUGUUGUCGACGAUUUGUCGUUUUGGUUUUUUUCAAAUACCAUGGCAUAUAAAGAUUCACCAUUACACUUCGUGCUAGAAUACUCUAUAUAAAGACGAAAAGUCCGCCAGUGAAUCUUUCGCUGUAGAUUUCGACGAUAUUGUUAUAAAGAUUUUGUUGUU